CGGUCGCGGCGCCGGCUCCGCCGGGAGCGCACGUGCCGGCGCCGGGCGGAGAAGAGGGAGGCGGGAGCCGGGCCGCGGGAGGAGGGGAGGCGCCGGAGGCGCGCGCGCGCGCUGGGCGCUGCUGGGCUGCGGCGGCGGCGACGGCGGCGGCGGUUACUAUGGCGGAGUCGGCCGGAGCCUCCUCCUUCUUCCCCCUUGUUGUCCUCCUGCUCUCCGGCAGCGGCGGGUCCGGGCCCCGGGGGAUCCAGGCUCUGCUGUGUGCGUGCACCAACUGCCUCCAGGCCAACUACACGUGUGAGACAGAUGGGGCCUGCAUGGUUUCCAUUUUCAACCUGGAUGGGAUGGAGCACCAUGUCCGCACCUGCAUCCCCAAAGUGGAGCUGGUCCCUGCCGGGAAGCCCUUCUACUGCCUCAGCUCGGAGGACCUGCGCAACACCCACUGCUGCUACACUGACUACUGCAACAGGAUCGACUUGAGGGUGCCCAGUGGUCACCUCAAGGAGCCUGAGCACCCAUCCAUGUGGGGCCCGGUGGAGCUGGUAGGCAUCAUCGCUGGCCCGGUGUUCCUCCUGUUCCUCAUCAUCAUCAUUGUUUUCCUUGUCAUUAACUAUCAUCAGCGUGUCUAUCACAACCGCCAGAGACUGGACAUGGAAGAUCCCUCAUGUGAGAUGUGCCUCUCCAAAGACAAGACGCUCCAGGAUCUUGUCUAUGAUCUCUCCACCUCAGGGUCUGGCUCAGGGUUACCCCUCUUUGUCCAGCGCACUGUGGCCCGAACCAUCGUUUUACAGGAGAUUAUUGGCAAGGGUCGAUUUGGGGAAGUAUGGCGUGGCCGCUGGAGGGGUGGUGAUGUGGCUGUGAAAAUAUUCUCUUCUCGUGAAGAACGGUCUUGGUUCCGGGAAGCAGAGAUAUACCAGACGGUCAUGCUGCGCCAUGAAAACAUCCUUGGAUUUAUUGCCGCUGACAAUAAAGAUAAUGGCACCUGGACGCAACUGUGGCUUGUCUCUGACUAUCAUGAGCACGGGUCCCUGUUUGAUUAUCUGAACCGGUACACAGUGACAAUCGAGGGGAUGAUUAAGCUGGCCUUGUCUGCUGCCAGUGGGCUGGCCCAUCUGCACAUGGAGAUCGUGGGCACCCAAGGGAAGCCUGGAAUUGCUCAUCGAGACUUAAAGUCAAAGAACAUUCUGGUGAAGAAAAAUGGCAUGUGUGCCAUAGCAGACCUGGGCCUGGCUGUCCGUCACGAUGCAGUCACUGACACCAUCGACAUUGCCCCGAAUCAGAGGGUGGGAACCAAACGAUACAUGGCCCCUGAAGUACUUGAUGAAACCAUUAAUAUGAAACACUUUGACUCCUUUAAAUGUGCUGAUAUUUAUGCCCUUGGGCUCGUAUAUUGGGAGAUUGCUCGAAGAUGCAAUUCUGGAGGAGUCCAUGAAGAAUAUCAGCUGCCAUAUUACGACUUAGUGCCCUCUGACCCUUCCAUUGAGGAAAUGCGAAAGGUCGUAUGUGAUCAGAAGCUGCGUCCCAACAUCCCCAAUUGGUGGCAGAGUUAUGAGGCGCUGCGGGUGAUGGGGAAGAUGAUGCGAGAGUGUUGGUAUGCGAACGGCGCCGCCCGCCUGACGGCCCUGCGCAUCAAGAAGACCCUCUCCCAGCUCAGUGUGCAGGAAGACGUGAAGAUCUAACUGCUCCCUCUCUCCGCACGGAGCUCCUGGCAGCGAGAACUACGCACAGCUGCCGCGUCGAGCGUACGAUGGAGGCCUACCUCUCGUUUCUGCCCAGCCCUCAGUGGCCAGGAGCCCUGGCCCACAAGAGGGACAGAGCCCGGGAGACUCGCUCACUCCCAUGUUGGGUUUGAGACAGACACCUUUUCUAUUUACCUCCUAAUGGCAUGGAGACUCUGAGAGCAAAUUAUGUGGAGAACUCAAUGCCACAACUCGAACUGGUUGUAGUGGGAAGGCCCGCGAAACCCGGUGCAUCUGGCAUGUGGCCAGGAGCGGUGAAGGGGGCCUGGGAGGGGCCAGGAGGAGCCGAGGUGUUGCCAGUGCUAAGCCGCGCUGAGGGUUUCCUUCAGGGACCAGCCCACAGCAGCCCAAGGUGGCCCAGAGGAGCCAGAAGUGCAGCAACCCCUCUCACAGGCGGCUCUGAGCCGCGCGCUCCCCGCCUCCCUGGGAUGGACACCUGAGGGGACUGCCAGUGGAGACGGAAUCUGCCGCUUGUCUGUCCAGCCGUGUGUGCAUGUGCCGAGGUGCGUCCCCCGUUGUGCCUGGUUUGUGCCAUGCCCUUACACGUGUGUGUGAGUGUGUGUGUGUCUAGGUGUGCACUUACCUGCUUGAGCUUUUCUGUGCAUGUGCAGGUCGGGGGUGUGGUCGUCAUGCUGUCCGUGCGUGCUGGUGCCUCUUUUCAGUAGUGAGCAGCAUCUAGUUUCCCUGGUGCCCUUCCCUGGAGGUCUCUCCCUCCCCCAGAGCCUCUCAUGCCACAGUGGUACUCUGUGUCCAGCAGGCUGCUCUGCCCACCCCAGCGUCAGCACAGCUCUCCUCCUCCAUCGCUGACUGUGGAACCAAAGCUGGCCCAGUUGUCCGUGACAGAAGAGGCUGUUGGGCCAAAAUGUGAGGGAGGCAGGUGGGAUUGGGCAGGGAAGGAAUCGUGGCAGAAGUCGGGUGUCAUUGUCAGUGUCAGCCGUGGGAAAUGAGCCAGCCCAAGGGCAUCAUCCUCAGCAGCAUCGAGGAAGGGCCGAGGAAUGUGAAGCCAGAUCUCGGGACUCAGAUUGGAAUGCCACAUCUGUCUUUCAUCUCCCAGAUCCUGGAAACAGCAGUGUAUAUUUUUGGUGGUGGUGGUGGGUUUGGGGGGGAAAGGGAAGGGCGGGCAAGGAGUGGGGAGGGCGUCUGGGGUGGGAGGGAGGCAUCUGCAUGGGUCUUUUACUGGACUGUCUGAUCAGGGUGGAGGGAAGGUGAGAGGUUUGCAUCCACUUCAGGAGCCCUUCUAAAGGGAAUGGCCUGAGCCAAACACAUUAUUUAACCUGAGUAUAGUAUUUAAUGAAGCCUAGAAGCACGGCUGUGGGUGAUUUGGUCAGCAUAUCUUAGGUGUAUAAUAACUUUAAAGCCAUAACUUUUAACUGGAGUGGUUUGAUUUCUUUUUUUUAAUUUUAUUGGGAGGGUUUGGAUUUUAACUUUUUUUAAUGUUAAAUAUUAAGUUUUUGUAAAAGGAAAACCAUCUCUCUGAUUACCUCUCAAUCUAUUUGUUUUUAAAGAAAUCCCUAAAAAAAAAAAAAAAAAAAAAAAAAAAAAAAUUCUCCAAUCAAACGCACAUAGCUCAAUCACACUGGAAAUGUUUGUCCUUGCACCUGAGCCUGUUCCCUCUCAGCAGUGAGAUUUCCUCUUUGCCCCGUGGCUCAGUCUAUCUGGAAUAUUGUCCCCGACCCCACCCAAUUCCAUGAGUGGUUUUUGCUCUAGGGUCCUUUUGCGCACUGUCCAGCUGGUUGCACCCUCUCCAGGCAUUUCUUCGACAAAUGUGUGUGAAGUGCCUGCUGGGUGCCAGGUGCUGGGAAUACAUCUGUGAACAAGACGUGCUUGGGUCCUACUCCUGGAGCACUGAAAAAAAGAGCUGAUUCAAGUUAAGUAGGUGCCUGUUUUGAGACCAGAAGGUUUCAUAAUUGGUUCUACAACCCUUUUGAGCCUAGAAUUACUGUUCUUAUGUAAGAUCACUGAAGAAAGAGGAACCCCCACAACCCCCUCCGCAAAGAGACCAGAGGCAGGUGAUGAGACCUGGGGUUUAGAACCUCAGGUGAGACCCCAAAUCACUGCAUUCGUUCUGAGCCCCCUUCCUGUCUCCAGGGGAGGUGUACUGUGUAUGCAGCCUUAGAGUAUCUCUGCCUCCAACCCAGCAGUUCUCUGCCAAAGCCUGUGGAGGAGGGAAGAGUCCUGUCCCUGCCCUCAGGCUCCUCAGUGCUCUUGGCCCUUCUAUUUAUUUGCCUGAUGAUUGCUUCUUUCCUUGCAUUAAAGGAGAUCUUCCCCAAACCCUUGGGCCAAUUUACUGGCCACUAAUUUUGUUUAAAUACCAUUGUGUCACUGGGGAGACUUGUCUUGACCCCUGCUGACCUCCUGCCUGUCCGCCCUGCAGCAGAACCUUGGCGGGUUAUAGGUGAUGAUGGAACUUAGACUGCUCUGCCCAGAGUCACAAGUAGCCUCUGGGAUCUGCCAACACACGUCCACUCCCAAGCCACUAGCCCACUCCCCAGGUGGCCCUUCUGCCCUUACCCCACACACAGUCCAGCUCUUCCACCUCUGGGGAAGAUGGAGCAGGUCUUUGGGAAGCUCCUGCACCCGCCUCUGCCACUCUUAACACUAAGUGAGAGUUGGGAGACACCGAAGCCGUGUUUUUGGCCUCCUGAGGCUAACCCUGAUCCAUAGUGCUACCUGCACCUCUGGAUUCUGGAUUCACAGACCAAGUCCAAGCCCGUUCUUACGUCGCCAUAAAGGCCCCCGAACGGCAUUCUCGGUACUUCUGUUUGUUUUUGUACAUUUUAUUAGAAAGGACUGUAAAAUAGCCACUUAGACACUUUACCUCUUCAGUAUGCAAAUGUAAAUACAUUGUAAUAUAGGAAAUCUUUUGUUUUAAUAUAAGAAUGAGCCUGUCCAAUUUCUGCUGUACAUUAUUAAAAGUUUUAUUCACAGA